AUGAGUGAGUCUUUGGUGGUUUGUGAUGUUGCUGAAGAUUUAGUUGAAAAGCUGAGAAAGUUUCGUUUUCGCAAAGAAACAAACAAUGCUGCUAUUAUAAUGAAAAUUGAUAAGGAUAAACGCCUGGUGGUGCUGGAUGAAGAGCUUGAGAGCAACAAUUUCAGUUUCUUUAACUUGAGAAAAACCUUCAUUGUGUAUAGUUAUAAGUAUCAACAUGAUGAUGGAAGAGUUUCAUACCCUCUGUGCUUUAUUUUCUCCAGUCCUGUCGGAUGUAAGCCUGAACAACAGAUGAUGUAUGCUGGGAGUAAGAAUAAGCUAGUCCAAACAGCUGAACUUACCAAGGUAUUUGAAAUAAGAAAUACCGAAGACCUAACUGAAGAAUGGUUACGUGAGAAACUUGGAUUUUUCCACUAA